ACACACACACACGCACAUACACACCCGCGUUCUCGCCCCCUGCUCCUGCCUCCGCUGCGUCCGUCCACCAUGUCGCUGCGGACCUUCAAGAAUGAAUUCCAGGUGGUGAUCCUGGCCGGUGGCUACGCCACCAAGCUGGACCCCCUGUCGUCGGGCGACGUACCGAAGGCCCUGCUGCCCAUCGCCAACCGCCCGAUGCUGCACUAUGUGCUGGACUACUUCUCGGAGAUGGCGUGCGAUGACAUCCUGCUCAUCACCCAGCCGAGCUUCGCGUCCAAGUUCACGGAGUUCCUCCACCAGGCCUCUCCCGGGUGGAAGGUGGAUUUGUGUGUUGUCGAGGCGCAGGGUGGCACGGCCGAUGCCCUGCGCGAGGUGAAGGACAAGAUCCGCGGCGAUUUUGUUGUUGUCAGCUGCGACCUCAUCACCAACCUCGACAUCCACUUGGUCUUCGACAUCCACCGGAAGCACGACUCCUCGAUGACCAUUGUCACCAUGACCCCGGAGCCGAGCAAGGACGAUGUUGAUGGCGGCCUCUUCCUCGGGACCAAUGAGUCCGGUGAUCGGCUGCUCUUCUACCAGCCGGUCGAGGACACCUUCGACAGCCUCAAUGUUCGAAUGGCCAUGCUUCGCCACUUCCCCACCCUCAAGAUCCGCCGGAAUGUCCUGGACCAGCAUAUCUACGUCUUCCGCAACUGGGUCCUCGAGCUGCUGGAUGCCAAUGAGCAUCUCCGGUCCAUCCAGUACGAUCUGGUGCCCUUCCUGGUGAAGGCCCAAUACCGCUCCCUCGGCCCGGCCUCCACGACCAAGAGCGCCAGCGAGCUGUUCAAUGGGACCCCGGGGCCUGGCGGCCCGACUGGGGCCACCCUGACGGACGCCGAGAAGGUCCUUUCCGGUUCCUAUGCCGGGGUCAAUGCCCUCAUUCCCGCCUCGACCUUCACCCCGUGGCUGAGCUACUCCAGCCGGUAUGCGCCGAAGGCCCUGUCCACGGUGCCGACCUUCCGGCCACAGACCGCCGUCGGGAGCCCGAAUGUGGUGGCCGACGAGUCGGCCGGCGCGGCGGACUUCUCCCAGCUGACCGCCGACAGCGGGGACAUUGCCCAGGAGACGGACUUUGUGGAGCCCCCCCAGCGGGUGGUUUGCUCGGUGGUGGACUUCUCGCGCAUUCGGUCGCCCACCGGGACGGCGCUGUUCUGCCGCCGCGCGGCCACCCUCUCGGCGUAUGUCCGCCUGAACUUGGACAUCCACCGGCGUAGCAUCCUGCCCAUCGGCAUGGAGAAGUAUCUGAAGGCCUCGGAGGAGCUGUCCACUGCGGCCAAGAAUUCCGGCUUCCGGGUCUUCAACUCGGUCAUCGGCAACCACUGCAACAUCGGCGAGGGGGUGACCAUCCGCAACAGUAUCGUCAUGGAUCAUGUCACCAUCGAGACCGGCGUCAAUCUGGAGAACAGCGUCGUCUCGGCCCAGUGCACCAUUCACCGGGAUGCCUUCCUGAAGGACUCCUUCCUGGCGCCGGGCUACACUGUCGAGGAGGAGGCUCACCACGUCAACGACAAGCUCUAUCUCGACUGAUCUCACAGACAACACCCGACCUCAUCGAGCGCCGCGCCGAAGCCAUUGGGGCCCGGGAGCGCGCCACGCGCCCUUGAGCCCGCCCGAUGUCUUUCCAGCUGUGCAGUUGCAUUUGAACCUACACACACAUGCAGGAACGAAUGUCCCUCCUCUCCCCUGUGUCUCGCUUUGUCCGGAGCAAAGUGGCUGUGGGGAUAGCAAGCGGAGGGCGGCCCAUACGCUGGCAGUCACAGAUGCACUUGACCAGAUCACAUGUCACCGACCAUCCAUUAGACGACUUCAAACGUG